AGCUUGCAAUUGAUAAAUAAUUUUCCAACAGCUGCAGCAAUGCCUGAGUCCUUUAAUCAUUAUCAAGAUCUUCAAUGCAUGUAUAAUUACGCGGACACAUAGUCUGUACAUAUAAAUGUUAAGACGGUCAGUUAACCGGACACAUACCAGGGCUGUAAUUGACUUUGAGCUCGAAACAUGAUCACCUCAUCGGGGAAAGGGACUUCAUUGACCACCAUUGAGGAGUUUCGACGUCGGGCUAAAGAGUUGCUUACAGAAGAAGGCUGGUUGUUUUAUAAUGCUGCAGCGGGACAAAGGUCUACAUUUCAAGAGAGUGUGGCUGCAUUUGAUCGUUACGUGAUUCGUCCUCGUAUUCUUCGUGACGUCACACAUCGUUCAUUGUCUACCACUGUGUUAGGUCAACCAAUCAGCAUGCCUAUCUGCGUAGCUCCAUCGGCAGCGCAACGCUUCGCCCAUCCUGAUGCGGAAGCAGCAUCGGCCAAAGGAACCGCAGAUGCAGACACUCUGUAUAUCAUGUCGUCCUUUGCUAGUUCAUCUAUCGCAGAGGUUUCUCAGAUAGCCCCUGGUGGAUUGAGGUGGAUGCAGCUGUAUCUCUUCAGAGAUCGGCGUUUUGCAGAAAACGUGGUGAGGGAGGCUGAGAAAGAAGGAUUUAAAGCGAUCGUGCUUACGGUCGAUCUACCUCUGUGGCCAGACUUUUCAUCAAAUGAAUCUUCAACAUCGAGAUAUCAUUACGAUCCAAACCUAAGGCCAACAAAUUUAGCUCUGGAUAUACCAGAGGUAAAUGAAGCUAUCCGUUCAGGUGACGUCAACUUACGUCAUUACUUUGCUGAGCAGUACAAAUCACCUAAGACAUGGGAUGACAUCACUUGGCUCAAGUCAAUCACAUCACUUCCAAUCGUGCUGAAGGGUAUCUUAACGGGUGAGGCUGCUCAAGAAGCGGCCGAUGCAGGUGUCUCUGGAAUUAUUGUAUCGGCUCAUGGUGGAAGAUACAUGGAUGGCAUUCCUGCUCCGUUAGACGUCCUAUCAGAAGUUGUAUCAGCUGUCAAAGGUCGUGAUGUUGAGGUUUACAUGGAUGGAGGGAUUCGAUCUGGAACCGAUGUCCUCAAAGCUCUAGGAUUGGGAGCAAGGGCUGUACUGAUCGGUAGACCAGCACUCUGGGGACUAGCUUGUGAUGGACCUGCUGGAGUUAACAAGGUAUUAUCAAUAUUACGGAACGAACUGGACUUGGCCCUGGGUAUUUCAGGUUGCACCAAUGUCCAGGACAUUCCAUCUUCAUUGAUAGCUCGGAAAUCUUACCUCUGAAUUCAACACCAUCAAUCAAACACCACUCAGCUUAAUGAAGAAUGUUCCUUUCUCUGUGUUGGAGUAACAAGGAGGCACAAGAUUGCCACGCCCAUUUUACCGAUUCAGGACAAAGCGCCAUGUUGGUUAGCCAAAUAACUUUUUAUGCAGAGCCCUUGACAUCAUGCAAAUACACCAAAAGAGAGAAACACCCCAUUCAUUUAGUAGAAUAAUCCUUAAAAUCCUCAGAUUGGCAGUGCCUCUGAUACUUCAAAAUAGCCCCUUUUCAAUGCAAAGUUACAACUACUAAAGAUGUUCUAUGUAAAUCUUUAUUUAUUUUGGAUACAUAAGCUUAAUUAUCCUUGUUGCCAAUUUGAAGAAGACAGGAUACAAACAAUUAAUUGUCCCAAAAUGUAAAUUUUCUUUGGAAUCAUUAUGGUUGUAGAAGGGAGAGAUAUAUUUCAAACAUUUGGACAGGAUUAUUGAAGUGUCAACUAAUUUUUUUCUUUUUUUAUUAUCACAUUAAACCUUAAAUUGAAAAUUUCCACCUAGUAUUCUGCACUUUAAUUUUUGCGAUGUUAACAAUGUUUGUGAAUGUGUAGUUCAGUAAAUAUCAUUUACAACAUAUUGUACAAAAUACAACCAAAUUCUUUGUAAAUAGUUUAUUUUAUAUACAAAUCUAGAUUAAUCAUUACAGCUACAAAGUACAAUUCAUAAAGACUUACUUUAUAUUAAUAAUGUUGGGUUUUUUUAAGACUACAACACAGCUUAAGUUUAUGAUGUGUACUCACACAUGUAUGCUGUGUGAAUCUUGAAAUUCAAAAAAAAUAUUAAUCACAAGUUGAAAUAACAAUAGAAAUGGCACAGGACAUCUCACUAACAAACUAGAAAGUAGAUCGAUUAACAGCAUAUUAAACAUAUCUGGAACUAUAUAAAUCUUUUAUAAUUAAAGCACACUAAUAAUAACAAAAGACAAAAUGGUGAAAAAUAAAAAUGAAAUGAAAAGUAUUCAAUUUAUACACCAUGUAAAAAUGAAAUCAAAGUAUUCCAUGUUUGUACAUAAGAUAUAUAAUAGCAAGAAAGUUGUUAAUCUUAGCAUGGUAUCAGGCAUUAGCAUGUUUCGCCGGUGAUACUCUUAAAAAAAGACCCCUAAUUAUAGUGACUCAGUAAAAAUGAACAAGGGUACACUAAUGUUAAGUUAAUAUAUUUCACUAUAUUCUGGUCAGAAAUAACAGUCUUCUUGUCAAAUACUAGAAAACAGUAAGCAUAUGUGACAAAAACAAUUGUUUCACCAGGCUUACUCCUUCAUCUUGUAAUAUUGAUUUUUAAUUUCAAAGAGUGUAAAGAAAAUGCCUUGAAUACCCAUGACUAACAUAUUUUACUUCACGACCAAAUUAUUCUGAGUGAAAUAAUUAUUCUUUUGCAAGAAAAGUAAGGUGAUUAUCAAUACUCUGUUCUUAUUUCAGAGGAAUAUGGCAAAUCAAAAAAACAAAAACAAAAACAAAUAACAAUUAAUGUUUAAAAAUAAAUCAAUGCUUGGAUAACAUGACUUUGGUGUGAUUCUAAAUAUAAGGAAAUAAUCAUAUGAAAAGCGUGAAUAAAUUCAGCCGAGGAUUUAACAUUCAAGAUAUCCUUUUAUUUCAUUUCAGUAAAAGGGAAAAUAAAUUUGUAUUUAUGUGGAAAUGUUUUUAUUACUUUUUUUUAUUUCUACAGAGAUGACAUCACACCAAUUCCAGUUAGAAAAAAAGUGAAUGUUCCAAAAUGAACAUUACAAACUUAACAAACUAGCAAUCAAAGUAGGCUCAUACAUUACACACAAACUUAAUUUGGAAAAUACAAGCAUCUAUACAAGCAUUGAUCAGUAUACAAUGCCAUCAUAAUAUUCCAAUGACCAAAUGUAUCUAACAAUGGAAUUUAUGACAGACACCUUUGUCACAAUAAUUUAUGUGAUACUAGCCCUACAAGUCAUAAAGAAUGUUUGUAGAAGGAGAGAAGGCUGAAAGCAUUAUCUAUCAUAGUAUCAUUACAAUUUUUGCAGAUGAAACAUAGGAAUCAUUUUAACAUUCUAUGAAAUUUCCCUCUGUAGCACAAGAGCAAUUUUAAGAAAAUCAUUUGAAAAAACCCCACCAAUUUUAUCUCAAACAAAACACAGGGAUUAUUAAGAACAAAUCAAAAAGGAAGUAAAAUAUCCAAGAAGAAUGAGCAUGAUAUUCAUAAUGAUUAUCAUCAUCACAAUGCUCACUUUAAAUAACACAAUUCAUAAUGCAGUUCAAGGGAUUUGUUUUGUAUUGUAUCACAUAAUGCUCUCUGGUUCCAAUUUCACAUAAUUCAGGAGAAUAAUGAUUCUCAAAUAUAAUUAGCUUCUUAUAUCAGCAGGUAAAAGUAUAUAGCACUGAAAAUGUACAUUGCUAUGGAGAUGGUCAGACCAGCAAACACUCACCUUAUUGCUAAACAGAGAAAGAAAUACAAUCAAAUGCAACUAUAAAAAUAAACUCCUUAAAAAUAAAUCAGAAUCUCAUUUUCAACAAAUUAGAACCAAAUAAUCAUUAAUUGUGUUUGAUUUUGUUUUAAAUUCAUGUUCUAAUGGCGCUGGUGCCAUGAGCAUCUAUGGACGGUGUGUGCACUCAAUAAGACAUCUCAUUAUUAUUGUUAUUAAUAUUAAUCCAACUCUUUCAACAAUGGAUCCAUAUUUGAAUUCUAGAGACUUAUUUUACUCUAAACAUACAGCUGUCACAAAAUUGGCACCAAAUACUUCACAUAAAUCCCAUAGAGUUGCAAUUCAUUAGACAUGUAAAGAAUUAAUAUGGACAAAGAAAUCAUUGCAGUAGAAUUAUCAAAGAUUAACAAACAAAAAUUAAGGCAAUGGAAUAGUAAAUAUUUUUCUGCUUUUAUACUAGUAUUGUGCUUAUACAUUUGAACAAUGUCUCUAAGCAGCCAACAGAUAUUUGAAUGUAUACAUGCUGCGCACCAUUUGGUUCUCAAAAUAUUAUUUUGACCUGAAUAUCAGGUCAUGGUAUCUGUGUUUAUCAUUCAUAAUAUAAAGCUCCAAUCGAAAAAAAAAAGCCCAACAAUCUGUUCAGCAUGUAUACAAAAAAAGCAUAAUUAUUACCAAAUAAAUUCUCCUCAUCGUCAGUUGCUUGGAAUAUAUUCUUGAAAGUGUCCAAUUUGAGAUGAUGCAAACUGGACGAAAGUGUCAGCCGCCUACGUUUUGACCGUGAACAGCGCCCCCUUCGGCACCACCAUCAGGGUGGAAGAUAUGCAUAUGAUCAGCAAACCUGUAUUUACGAAAUAAAUUAAGCAUUAAAAAUUGGAUGGCAAAUUUAUGCUGUUUUAUCUAUAAUUUAAAAAAAUAAUGAUUCCCCAAGUCUAAUUGUCUCAGUGUAAGUAUACUUUGUUGCUGAAGAGCCUACCUGCUCAAAUGAUAGAUGGAUAUUGCUAACAUACAGAAAUUAAUAUGAAGGGUAUAAUAAAAGAAUUAAUGUCAAGGAUACUAUGAAAUAAAUAUACCGGUACUGAUAAUAGUAAUAACAAUGUCAGACAUGAUACUCAUAUCAAACAUUUUAACUGCACAUGGCAUGGUGCUUGGUUUCAUUAAUACCUAUAAUAGUAUACUGGUUACUUCAUUGCUCAGAAUUACUCCAACUAAUCAUAGGUAGUCUUAUUUUGUACAUUAUAUUGUUAACCAGAAAUUAUCGCCAUUUACCAUUCAUUCUUACAAUAUCUGUGUUAUUACAUGGAGAUGUACAUGUAUACAAAUAUAACUACAAACAUGCUUUUCAUUGCUAAUAUGUAGUAAAUGUGGAAUUAAAAAGUACAUAUUUUUCCCUGUGUAUUUGAGUUUUGUCAGACGUGUAUCAAUCAGAUACGAUUAUUUACGUCUGGGACCGACCUUUAACGUCACCAUCCGAAAGACGUGACCGGGGCUCGAACCUCGAACCUCUGCAUCAAUUUGUAACUUCCCCACAUGGCUUGGAUUACAGGCGCACGCCACAACGCCCACAACAUAUUUUUCCCUAUACUACUAUAAUAAUAAUAAUAAUAAUCCGCUUUUUUAUAUAGCGCUUAAUACAUCGGAACGACGUGUCUAAGCGCUUUACAGAUAUAUUAUUACCCCGGUCGUCGGAUUCAAUCAGUCAUUCCCGCACACAAUGUGUGCACAUCCUCCACUCCCUGGGGAGUAUUCCAGUCAGUCGCCGGUGAGGCGCACACAGUACUGGACAAGCUACAAUGACUUUCACAUCCUACUAUAUGUAAUCAAGUUAAUAUUGUUUGUAGAAUAUGAUAGCUUCAAUUGGAGAAAGUGCCAUCUACUAUUCAUUUUCCAUAGAAUUGUAUUGUCUAUAUAUGAAUAAUAUACAUGGAAGUGUAUUAUAUGUGGAAAUAAAAGUCAUAAGUACAAGGUAAAAAUACAAAA